AUGGCGGGGGUGCAAUUGGGGCUGCAGGUGGCCUUUUACCUCUAUCCAUGUGGUCUCUUCGUGGCCCUUCUAGGCGCUCAGUCGGCUCAAUUCUGGCGCGAGAGACGUGGCGGACCGCGCCGGGACGCGCCAGAUGAGAAGGCCGUCGCACUCCGGCGCUUCUACAACCGGAUCAUCUGGACCCUUCAACUCAUUCUUUCUCUUGUUCUUUUUGCCAGCAUCAUUGUCGCAGUUCGCGAUGCCUUUGGUGGUACUCAUGAUGGACCUGGCAAGGUUCAGUUCCCCUUUACUGCUUUCCUGGCAUCAUACGUCGCAGUCUUGCUUUACUUCUUGGCUGGCCUGCUGCCUGAUCCCGAAGGACCGUGGGUGCCGACAGCUUGCCAUGCCUACGCUUGGGUCGUUGGUGUGCUCUUUGAAGUUGUCAUCGCCGCUCUUUUCUUCACUGAGCAGCCUUUCUUGCGCGUAUCCAAGGAACUCCUUGACUCCUUAUCUGCUUUAGGCUUUGUCAGGAUCGCAGUCCUUCUCUUUAUGACUAUCAGCCUCACCCUCAGGGAGUACAGACUUAGACCUUCCCAGCCCAGGUCCGACCCAGAGGAGCGACAGUCACUUCUGGAGAAUGGCAACGGUUCUGCCGCGAACUAUGGUGCCGCCCAUCCUCAUGGCCCUGCGGCUCAACCCAGACGCCAAGUCCAGGGCACGGGCUGGCUCGACUACUUUGCUGGCUUCAAAGUUCUCUUCCCCUAUCUCUGGCCCAAAGACUCUAAAUUGUACCAGGCGAUUGUGGUGUUUUGCUUGUUUCUACUGGUUCUUCAGCGCACCAUCAACGUCUUCGCUCCUCUGCUUCUCGGGUAUCUCGUCGAUGCUUUCUCCAAUGGCGGCAUUCCUUACACCGAAAUCAUCCUUUAUGUCGUUUUCCGUGCUCUCCAGGGAAAUCAGGGAGCUAUCGGUGCCCUGCGGUCAGUUCUCUGGAUUCCCGUUUCACAAUCACUUUUCCGAAGGCUCUCAUGCGCAGCCUUUGAACACGUCCUGGGUCUGUCUCUUGAGUUCCAUUUGAACAAGAAGAUCGGUGAGGUCACCAGUGCUCUAAGCAGAGGCGCGGCAAUGAACACGUUUUUGGAGAACUUUUGCUUCCAGGUAUUCCCAAUGGUGGCCGACAUUUUUGUAGCCGGCGUCUACUUCUUCAUCAAGUAUGACGCCUUCUACACCAUCAUUGUGUUUUUCAUCAUGUGGUCAUACAUCUUCUUGACCAUUUACGUAGCCAAAUACCGCGGCAAACAGAGGAGAGAUAUGGCUACGAAAAUGCGCGAGAUGGAGGCCAUCAAGACAGAUGCCAUUAUGGCUUACGAGACAGUCCAGCAUAACUGCGCCGUUGUGCCUGAAACAGAGAGGUUCAAAGAGCAUGUGGUUGUUUAUCAAAAGGCGGAGCGCUUGGUGCAGUGGUCUCUUAACGGCCUCAACCUGACGCAGAGCUCGAUUUUCUCGCUUGGAACUGCUCUGUUGGUCGCUCUUUCUGCUUACAAGAUUUCCAUCGGGGAACAGACCGUCGGCGAGUUCGUUGGCUUGAUCAACUAUUUUGUCCAGCUCCAGGGUCCUCUCAACUUCUUUGGCACUUACUACACCAUGCUUCAGAACAACUUGAUUGAGGCAGAGCGCAUGCUUGACCUGGUAAGCCCUUCAAAGCCCUUUGUUGAAGGCAUCAUACUGACAGUAAUAGUUCAAAGAAACGUCUGGCGUUGUCGAAAAGCCGGAUGCAGUCAACCUGCCGUCUCCAAGAGGUGA